AUGGCGGAGGGGUACGUUGUCGGAGGAGCGGAGGAAACGGGUGGGAGAUCGGCGGAUGUCGAGAACGACGAAGGGGAGGGGAAGGGUGCGACAGCGAAUAUCGGCGAGGUCGGCGUGGAGGCGGCUCACGGAGGUGGUGGCAUGGUCGAGGUCGGUGAAGGGGAUAACGCCGCGGUCCCGGAGCAGAGGGGCGUGGAUGUGCAUACCGAUGCCACCGCGGAGAAGGCCGGCGGGGAGCGGUCUAGGAGGAAGAAGGCGGCGAGCGGUCAUCCCGGUUCCACCGCGGCUGGGCGGCAGGCGCGGCUGGACGUCGUCGAUCAGCUGAGGGCGGAGAACAGGCGAUUGCGUGCAGACAAUGCACUCCUUGAACGGCGGCUCGGUGAGCAGACGCGGCGGGUCGACAGCUUGGCGGCGGCAUUAGCUGGGCUCCUCGAGAAGGUGAAGGGUUUGACCGCCCAGGUCGCCGACACCGACCGGAAAUCGGAGGAGCGCCUCAAAGAGGCCACGUCGACCAUGGCGACCACAAUCACCGAGGGCCUCACCGACAACAUGGACAGCGCCAUUCAAUCGGCCAAGUCCUUCGCCGAGCUAGCGAGGCAGACGCUGCUGGAUCUUGACGACCCCAAGGGACGAGCGGCGGUCGCACGCGCGACCGCGGUGAAGACAGUGACCGAGCACGUGACGGCGGAGGUGGGCGAGGCGAGGAAGGGGUUGGAGGAGUCGUUCAUCAAAUACAUCGGCGCCGCGCAGACCAUCAUUGCCGCCGCCGUCGCGCCCUGCCUAGUCCAGCCGCCGCCGCCUACCGGCCCAGCGCAGGCCUUGCCGGAAGAUUUCCUGAAGUCUUUCAAGGAGGACGUGCUGAAGGCGGUGACGGAGACCACGCAGCAGUCCUUCCUCGCCUCCGGACUGAAGAUAAUGGCCGAGGUCGUCGGCACGGUGGCGUAUGCUCGGCGCGGGGAGGCGGCGGGGGGGGCGACGGGGACAAUUCGGCGAACACGAAGCGGAGCAAGGGAGGCGGGGGGUCUGGCGGCAGGGGGGGGGGACGGAGACGAUUCGGCGGGCGCGAGGCGGACCAAGGGAGCGGCUGGUUCUCGCGUCGCCGGCGAUGGGAGCAUGGGAGUCGGCGACGGCAGUUCGUUGAAGCAGUCGGGGAAGAGCGUGGUCGACAUCCUCAGGAAGCACUGGGCUCAGGUUGGAGCGGCCAGCACAGGCCAUGGUGGUGGGGGUCUCGCCGACGAGCAUGCCACUGAUGACGCACUGCCAAUGGCUCCGCCUUCGGUCGGCGUUAAGCCACCACGACAGGGUAGCGGUGUGAAAGGCCUGCGCGACAAGGAGAAGGCCGCCGCCAAAACGGCCCCAGGCGGGUCCGCGAAAGCUGGCCAGGGCCCGAAGACAGGGGUUGCGGAGGCGUCAGCGGUUCCUCACCAGUCUCCCGCGGGUGCACGCCAUCCGACCGGACCGUCUGCCGGGCGACCUACCGACGUCCCGCGCCAUGCCGACGUACCGUCUGCCGACAAGGUUGGCCGCGCGGGAAAAGGGGCGGCAGUUGCGGACGCGCUCAAGGAGCAGCUCAGGCUCCUAGCCGGCCACAGGGCUGUUCAACAGGCCCCCCCUGCUGUCGACGUCCCAUCGGCCAGUGGGCCACGUGUAGUGCCAGUCGUCGCCGCCCGUACUCCUGCAGACCCAAAGUCCGCGUUGUUGCGCGCCCAGCUGGGCGCACUAGCGUCGACUGAGAGGACUCAGCAGGCUUCUGGCUCUGGCUCUAAGCCGUCGUCGGCGAAUGUCGCACCACCCACCCAUGUGGCAGCUGAUGUGGAGAAGGCGGCGGAGAAGGGCGUUCGUGCCGCGCUUGCCACCGGCGGCGGCGCCGUUGAGGAGGUCCCCGCAGACGCUGAUAUCGCUGCCAUACAGGCCCAUCUGGAUGCAGCCAAUCCCCGAACCCUGGCCAUCUCCGACACGGAACAUGUGGAGCCUUCGGCGGGACUCGUCGGCAUCGCGGCAGAGCCUAGUGCGACCGGUGAUGCGGUCGGUGAGGGAAAGUCGAAACGGAAGGGGAAGGCGGGCUCACAGAGGAAGACGCGGGAGAAGUCGGAGGUGAAGGCGGCGGAUAAACAGAAGGGGAUGGCGGCGGAGACGGCGGCGGACAAAGAUCGAGGCGGCAUUGGGGAGGUUGAAGGGAAAGGGGAGAAUCAGAAGUCGCCCGGCGAGGGUACGUCGACGGGGAGGAAGGGGAAGGACAAGUCGGUCGGAGAAGGUGCGUCGACCGGGAGAAAGGGGAAGGAGAAGGCGGUCGGCGAGGGUUCCUCGAAGGGGAGAAAGGGAAAGAGGAAGGCGGAGGAGGAGGAUGAGGAUGUCGAGGAGGUGGAGGAGGUCGAGCAGGAGGAAGAGGAGGAGGAGGAGGAGGAGGAGGAGGAGGAGGAGGAGGAGGGGAAGGGCAAGGAGAGGAGGGGUCAUGGCAUCCGACACGAUACCUCGGGCGACAAGCAAGGGUGGGUCGGCGAGAUUAAGCGCCGAAUUGGAGAGGUGGAAGGAGGUGUGGGAGGAGGUCAGGAUCUUGCCGACAGGGAUGUGGACGGUGAUGUGGGCCCGGGGCUGACGGAGAUCCUCGACGCGUAUCGCCAUUACAAGUCCACAGGCGAUUGUCUCCACGCCGCGCUCCUGCCAGCGAUAUGGUACCCAGUCGAUGCUAGCACCGAGGAAGGCCGGGAGAAGUCGGCGUCCAUGAUGUCGGCGAUGAUAGGCCGCGUGUCAAUGUGCGCUGCAUAUGGGAAGACCGCUGCGGCAGCGGCGAAGAAGGAGGGAGACAAGGAGGAGAAGACGGAUAUGGCAGCAUGGGCGUUAGCAGCAUCCGCAUGCGCUGUGUGGUGCUUCGUCGAGAACGGCGAUGCCCAGCUGGCGGAUGCUGUGGAAGAAGGGAAGUCGGCGGCGAUCAUCGGCGGAGCGAGCCAGGCGACCGCCGAUGUAUUCGGAAAAGUCAUGGAGGCGGUGCUGAAAGCCGAGAUGAACAGGGACCGCCCCUUGGGAGAGGUUGCCUACAACGUCGCGCCAGCACUCCAGAGGACCGCCCUUGAUACGGUAUAUCCGGGGGGGAAUGCUGGAGUAGAUGCCGACGUUAUCGCUAGAGCGACGGUUGAGACGAUGGCGUUUUGGGGAAUGUGCCCCGUCGCCGGGCCGAAACUAAGAGCGAGGGACAUCGCGGUGCCGAUUGACGCGCAGAUGAAGGCCGAUCUUGACAACAGGGGGAGGAAGGGUCUGAGGGGCAAGAAGGAGACGAAGACCAAGGGCGGCACGGAGAAGGUCAAGAAGUCGAAGAAGGACAGCACGACGGCCUAG